CCGCCGCCACAGCACGCGCCCCUUCUCCUCGGACCGGGAUUAUCCGCGCGCGAGCGGCACCAUGGACGCCACGAUUUACCACAUCAUCUUCGCUGAGCUCGGGGACCUUAAUUGCAGUUUGUUGGACGCUUUUCAGGACUCGGUUUUGGAGAACGCGUCUUUGGCUCUGCUGAGCGCAGAAGGUCUGUACUGCAACGCCACCACGGACGAGAUCGGCACGUGUUGGCCCCGCAGCGGCGUCGGGAGGAUCGUGGAGCGACCGUGCCCCGAGUACAUCAACGGAGUCAAGUACAACACCACCAGGAGCGCGUACAGGGAGUGUAUGGAGAACGGCACGUGGGCCAUCAAGAGCAAUUACUCCAACUGUGAACCCAUCCUGGAGGAGAAGAGGAAGUAUCCCAUGCACUACAAGAUCGCGCUCAUCAUCAACUACCUGGGACACUGCAUCUCUGUGGGAGCUCUCGUGGUCGCCUUUGUGCUCUUCUUAUGCUUAAGGAGCAUAAGGUGUCUGCGUAACAUCAUUCACUGGAACCUCAUCGCCACGUUCAUUCUCAGAAAUAUUAUGUGGUUUCUCCUGCAACUCAUCGACCACAACGUCCACGAGAGCAACGAGCCCUGGUGUCGACUCAUCACAACCAUCUAUAAUUACUUUGUGGUGACCAACUUCUUCUGGAUGUUCGUGGAGGGUUGUUAUCUGCACACAGCCAUCGUCAUGACGUAUUCGACAGACAAGCUCCGCAAGUGGGUUUUCCUCUUCAUCGGCUGGUGUAUUCCGUGUCCGAUAAUAGUUGCGUGGGCCAUUGGAAAACUCUAUAAUGAAAACGAACAGUGUUGGUUUGGCAAAGAACCCGGCAAAUACAUGGACUAUAUUUACCAGGGACCUGUGAUUCUCGUACUUUUGAUAAACUUUGUGUUUUUAUUUAACAUCGUGAGGAUCCUGAUGACCAAGCUGAGAGCGUCUACUACGUCAGAAACCAUACAGUACAGGGCUUCUUUGUCUCCGUCUUUUACUGCUUUCUCAAUGGAGAGGUGCGCUCUGCGGUCAGGAAAAGGUGGCACCGUUGGCAAGACAACCACGCGCUCCGAGUGCGAGUGGCCCGGGCCAUGUCCAUCCCCACCUCCCCCACCAGGAUCAGCUUCCACAGCAUCAAGCAGACCACAGCCGUGUGACUGCUCCAGCAAAACUACAAAAAACACAAUGCUGUAUGUCCGUGAUUUUGAAACUUUGGAGAAAGAACGUGACAAGUUGGCAGCACCCAAAUGAGCGAAGUGUCAGACGUGCUCGUGUCUAAAGACUACAAGUACCAGAACGCAGAGAAGAGAAAAAUGUGACAAGCUAACUGUCGGAUGUGGUGUUUUGGAAAGACUACAAAAAACAGAGUGCUGUAUGUCCGUGUUUUUUAAACUUUGAAGAAAAAAGCGUGUCAAGAUGGUAACUACGGCGAGCAGCCAUAAAACUGUUGGACAUGCUAGUUUCUAAAGACUACAAGAACCAGAACACACUUUAGAGAAAAAUGUAACUAGCUAACUGUCCAACGUGGUGUUUUUUAAAGACUACUGCAACCAGAACGCAGUGUGUCUGUGACUUUUAUAAAAAAAAUGAAUUAAUUUAAAAAAAAUGUGGCAACAUGUUACCAGAGCGCAGUCUGUCCAAGACUAAUGAAAAAACAAACAAACAAAAAAACAUGGAUUUUUUUUUUACUGGAACUUGAUAUCAGUAUUAAAAAGCUCAUCAUGGAACCUUGCACCAUUCGUCAACGACCUGUGGCUUCUACCAGACGACAUGACUUAAAAUGACUUGAUAUUUUGACCUACUUAUUCAAAUAUGAUGGAUUAUUUGACUUUUUAGCUUUUUUUUACGAUAUCUGAUGGUUGAAGAAAAUUUCAUGUUAAACA